ACAGGUUGAGUAGUUGUGUUGUCACUUUGCAGACAAGGGAAACAAGCAGCAAUGUGACACAGGACCACUCAGACUCUGCUGGUGCCCUUUUCACUCUGCAGCAUGAAGAAUAAUACGGAGUUUGGUAUAAUGCGUUAAACUGCAAAGCUCACUUAACACGCGUGUUUUUUCUUCUUCCCGAAACUAAGCAGUGAGGCAGCAAACAUCAUGGUCAACAUCACAAAAGAAAGCUCGAGUAGUUUCUCCAUCCAGAGGCCCGAUCAGAGCUUUGGAUCAUCAGUGUGGAUGAAGUGAGCGCGCUCAGUGAGAAAGCCCGUGAGAGCUGCAGUGAACGACGAGGAAAAAGAAAAGCAGGGACGACUGUUUUCAUAAGCUGCGCUCGGCUGUGGGAGCCAAGUGGGGGGAUGUCGAGCCGAAGUGGAGGAGCGCCUCGGGGGUGCAGCAACCCCAGCCUGCAGCCCCUUAGAGCCACAGUCCCAUACCAGCUCCAGAGGGGCUCAGCUCUCCUCAGCAGAGAGGUCAAGACGGCAGACAGAACCACGGCUCGUCCACCAAAACCCACCAUCCGCCGAACUCUUUCUUUGGAUGCGAUUGUCGGACCCUAUCUCCAGGGGCAGUGGCCCAAAGAGGCAGACGGGGCGGUAGUUAGCUGUGUCAAUGAUAAAGCCACGCAGACUCCAAGUUCCUGGGCAGAGGAAACCCGGGGAAGACGAAGUGCUGGUGGGCACAAGCGCUCAGCUUCUUGGGGCAGUGCAGAGCACCUAAGGGAGGUGGCCAAGCUGAGACACCAGUUGCAGAAGCGUUCCCGCCAUGUCCCUCCCUCAGCAGGAUGCGAGCUCCCCCCCCACCCCCUGCCUGCAGGUCAUGCAGCAGGAGUCACUCAGACGAUGCCGCUGAUGCCGCUGAACAGACUUGCUCCACGGCUGCGACGGAGCGUCGAGGGCCUCAACUUAGAGCUGGAGGAAGUGUUUGUGUGUGAAAAACAAGACGAUCAGCAUGAGAUUUUGGAUAUCCCAGAUGGCCACAGAGCUCCCGCCCCUGCCCAGAGAUGCAGCAGUGGCUCUCAGAGUGACCCCUCACCGGGGCCACUGGAUCCUUCCCUUCUUUCUCCUUCUCAGUCCCCUUGUAUUCUUGAUACGUCACUUCUGACACCUUCAGGUUCACCUUGUCCUUUGAAUCCAUCACUUUUAUCCCCAUCCCAAUCUCCCUGCACCAUGGGAGAGCCAGAGCCUGUGGACUAUGAGAUCUUGUGUCCCUCUCCAUCAGCAUCGCUUCCUUCAUUUGCACUGGAUCCUCCUCUGCUGCAGGCCUGCUCCUCUUCGCCUCGUCCCAACAAAACCUACUCUUUUCAGCGCGAACCGCCAGAAGGCUGUGAGCGAGUUCGAGUGUGUGAGGAAGCAGUCUCUGCCUAUCAGGAUGAGACUCUCCUCCAGUCAUCCUGCCCUGACCCCAAUAAAGUCAACUUCACCCCCCACGGAGGCUCAGCUUUCUGCCCGGUCAGUCUUUUGAAGCCCCUCUUGCCCUCCAUGGACCUCCUCUUUCGUGGCCUGUCGGUAUCUCCCGUCACUGGCUGCUCAGGUCAGGCCUCUCCUACCAGGCACCUGGGCAUGCAGUAGGUGGAUAUCUGAGCAGUCUCUCAGGACUGAACCACAUUGCACUGCCAGGACAAGCAGAAACUGGAUGUGAUAUAUAUAUUUUUUUUAAUGCAUCGUGACAAUGGACAGUGUUGCAUCACUGCUGUAACACGCCAUCAUCACUGUGAUCAAAAUAACCUUUGUGACUGUGAAGAUUUGUUGCUGUCAUACUUUAGAAUAACUGUGGCCUAAAUUCUGCCCGCUUUAUCUUUUGUUUUGGUUUUUUUUAUGUUUUUUUUCCACCUGCAGGAAGCUUUGAUUCAGCUGAUAUUUACCUCAUCAGCACUUAAACUGUCCUAGUAUUCAACCGUAUGAGGCAUGGAUUAGACUGCAGGAUUUAAGUUGUGGAAAUGCUUGAAAAGCUUUAUAAAUACUUGCGUUUAUUAAAUCAUUCUUUUGCAUUAAAAUUGUUCUAGUUAGAGACCGCAGUCUAGAAGGGAUGCUUUUAUUUUUCAUCUUGAAACGUGAGAAUUUACUGUCAAAAACCCUAGCACUUAGAACACACACUGGUACAGGUUUUGCCUUCUUACUAUCCAAACAAUUGAUGGGUUUUGUAGUCGAGUAUUGUUGAUUUUAGAUAAACAUCCAGCUUAAUUUGUGAGGGUUAACUGAUGAAAAACAAAAUAUUUGUUGAAUUUUAUAUAUAUAUAUAUCUCUGUUUGAAAUAUUUUUGGCUUAAAGUUUCCAAUGUCCUACUUUUCUACAGAUGUGUUUCAAGGGAGAUACAUAUUUUUAUGUCCUUAUAAGAAGCACACGAUACUGCUUCUGUUUUCACUGUUCUGACUUGUGCUGUUUUAUAAGCAGACAUUUUGUAGCUUUAUUUGCCUACAGGGGGCUUUGUUAUAACCAAACUAUUUUUAAUAACUAGAGCAGGUCGCAGUGUUUGUCAGUUUGAGCCUUUUUUGAACCCUGGAGUUUAGACCACAGUGUUAGUGAAGAGCUUGACUUCCCUUUGAUUGAAUUAUUAUUCAGUUGUGUUUUUUCAACAUAAUAAAUGACCUACAUGAUAAAUGGGGAGUAAACGUCAACGAAGAAUUUUUCAGCCUUUUUUCUUUUUUUUUUUUUGGUAUUCUUUUUACGUGAUAGCAGUUACUGUUACCUGUGCUGUUGCCUGUGUAGAAAACAAUAAAAGAAAAUUGUUUUGGGGGCGUUAAAAUGCCUUCUACGGUAA